CAUCCCGAUCCCAGAUACUCCUCAUCUAUGGCAGUCCGUGUCACCAAGACGUGAGAUGAUGCCUCUGGUUCCUCCUCCCGUGUCAGCUUGCGACUAUCCGCCGUUGCCUCUGCUUAGCGAUUCGUUGAGAUCAUCAUUCCUCUCCUCCCUUCCUGGAUAUUUUGUGUCCACACACGUUCUUCCUGCCGCGUAUCCUCGCGCACCGUCUUCAAAGUGGGUCCCGCCGCCUCUCCACCAGACCAAGGCAGCGCACUCUGCACGCGCAGAGGCAGAUUUCCAACGUUUGGUCGCACUCAAGGAGGCCCAGGAACAGGAGACGCUCUCGAUUCCACCUCGCGAAGAAGUCUUGUUCAGCACAGUGAAAUGUUACAGGCCAACUUGUCAGCGGUCUUCUGGCCGACCCGUCACACUGCUCCUGUUACAUGGAAUUGGAUUACACAAGGAGUCUUGGGAACCCUUCCUAUCCGAUCUAUCCAGGUCUCUUGAGCGUGGAUCUUCCGUGUCAAUCGACGAGAUAUGGUCGCUAGAAAUGGUUCAGCAUGGGGAUGCUGGGCUUAUCAACGAGCACAAUCAAGGAGAAAUUUUUGACGCUGCUGACUACGGACGUGAUACAGCCAACUUUCUGCUCAACUACUUACCUGAUGAAUUUGGUCAAGAGCAAUGCGGGGUGAACCUGCCGCGGGUAUCGGACAAGGAAGCGGCUCGUCGGCGAGAAUACGGCUUCCGCAACCGGACCCUAGUCUGUGUUGGCCACUCUCUUGGUGCAUCCUGCGUGGUCUUUCCCGCGCUCGAAAUGCCGAAGCUGUUCUCCUCACUGGUGCUCGUUGAGUCUGUGUCCAUCCCUGAGUACAUGCCAGAAGGCUUUGGUCACCGCCGAGCCGAGGCACUCUGCAUCAAGCGCCAGUGCGAAUGGAGCUCAUGGGAAGAAGCCGAGUCCUCGAUAAGGUCUAGCCGGUACUACCGGCGCUGGAGUCAACAGGCAGUAGACGAAUACAUCGAGCAUGCGCUCAGCCCGACCACUCACGGCACUGUUCGUCUCAAAAUGCACCCUUACCAGGAAGCAGCUACGUUGAUGGAACGAAGGAUCCAGUUCGAGACAUGGGAACUUAUGGCCUCUAUACCGCCAUCGGUGAGGCUCCACUGGAUCAUGAGCGCGGAUAGCGCACGCACAGGAGGCCGCAAAGUUGCGGCAGAAAUGGUCUGGCGGAGGUCUGUCAACGCUUCAAACGUCCUGCUUGAAGGCAUCGACCAUAUGGUUCCCCAAGAAGCCCCAGAUGUGUUGGCAAACUUGGUCGUAGAUUUCCUUCAGCACGAAUACGGGCGACCCUUACUAACGGCACGAUCCGUGGCGGGAGCAAGUAUCGAUGCUCAGCAGUCCGCAAAGCUGUAAUGAGUAUCGCUUAUGAAAUGAUAGAUGUAUGCUGUAGACUUGUAGAAUGCCCC